ACCUCACCCAACGCCGCCUGUUUGCCGCCACUUUGCCGUCAUGCACACCGCCCUGAGGGGCGGCAAACGAUCAAACCAUGCGCUUCCGACGAAUAUUUGCCGCCCGAUGGUCAUUCUUUGGAGGACAUACCAAACAUGAGUCAAGCGGAUUUGGAGACGGUGCAAGAGACGCAACCGGACGUAGGACCAUCUACAAAGAGGCGACAACAUAGGAAAAGAGUCCCGGGCGAACCGCGCGCAAAGGUGACUCAGAUGGCUUGGUCAUCCGAAGAACAAAUCGCGUUAUGUCGAGCUUGGCUAGACGUCACGGAAGAUCCCGCCUCCGCGAACUAUCAAAAAGACAAGACUUAUUGGCGCCGCAUUACGCAAAAGUUCCACGCGAUACUCAACAAACCACCGUAUCGUGAUCAAGACGUGGUUAGUUCGAAAUGGAAGAAAAUGCGGCCGGUUAUUCAAUCAUUUAAUCAAAUCUUCCAUCGUUUGAGUGAAAAAAACAACCAUCUUAGCGGGGCAAGUGACGCCGACCUCCAAAACAUGGCGUUGGCGGAGCAUCACGGAUUGGGCGGUCCAGCGCUUCCUUUUUUGACGGAGUGGACUAUGUUGAGGAGAAGCUCGAAGUUCUUGGAGAUAAUGAAAUAAAAUGUGAAGCAAACUCGUGGUGAGCCAACCGCGAAAAGGUCGAAGACGAGCUCUUCAGCAGAGCCGAGUAGAGCCAGUGGGUCGGAUGCUAGGAUAAACAUCGACCUAAAUGAGACUGAUGAUGAUGAAGUACAAGAGGAGGCUCCAAGAUACAUCCGCCCGAGCGGUCGAGAUGCGGCAAAAAAAGCCGCAAGAGCUGGGUCGUCUUCAUCGGGAGCGGCCCCGUAUUUCGAGGAUUUUGCUCUUUUGGGUGAACGCAUUGAUGGGUUGUUAAGCAUCGGGAAGCAACGUGUGGAGCUCGGGAGAGAAAAGUUGAAGUGGAAGAAGGACAAGGAUGCACGGGAAAAGGAAAGGGAGCAAAGGGAGAAGGACAAGGAGAUGGAGCAUGAUUUGAAGAUUUUGGAGAGGGACAUUAGCGGUUACACCGGGACAAAACGACUCUUCGCCGAACAACUCAAACAACGAAUCAUGGACAAAUAUGGUUUUAGUAGUUAGUUUAAUUAGUGUAAUGUAGUUCGUACUUUUAUUUUUAGUUGUAGUUUAAUUAUUAGUCGUAGUUUUAUUAUUAGCGUAAUGUA